AGACAGCAGCUCUGGCGCGCAGCGGUUUCGCUGAAUCAUGGGUUGCCCACUGUCUCCCUUCGAGGAUCGGCGCGAGCGCACAGUGACCAACAUUGGAGCCAUUCUUAUAAAAACGUCUACAGUAUAUAACAUUCACAUUUUAGACGUAGCGACUCCACUCUCGAGAACAAGGCAAAGUCCGACGUCUAACGGGUUCGGUGGCAGUAAUAUUAGACUGCAUUCCUGCGUCGUGGGUACAUCCCUGAGAUGAAAGCCAUUAUAAAACGUGAUGCCAGCCCUGUCAAGUUAGCUCAGGCCGCGUUCUGAGUACGUGUGUCGAGGGAGCACGCGGAGAUGGCGGACGAGGAGAUUCCUGUGAACGAGCUCCUGGUAGAUGUGGAGGACGGCAUUGUUGUCGGGCUUUACCACUUCCUUUGGCUCAAGGAUGGGAAGGGGAGGCCUUGCCCUGAAGUCAACAUUCCGCACACGAUCAUCUACGCAAAUGGUCGCCCUGUGGUGUGGUACUUCACCAGCGGAAAAGACCGCUGCAUCAAGCGUAAGCACAAGUCCACUAUCAGCAACCCGGCCAUUAACGACGCAUUCGCGCCGCCGCCCAAAGCCAGCAUGGAGGGCUAUGGCGGCGAGGCCAGCCUCGACAACAACGCCAGCAACGGGGCAUGGGGUGGGCUCAACUCCACCGCGCCAGCGGGCAGUGGCGGUCAAAAGUCUGGCAAGGACCGGCCUGUCCUGAGCCAGACGGCGGGGGGCGCGGGGCCGGGCAAUGGGCGGCCCAUGGACGGCAGCAGCACCGGCGCCAGCCUGGGGCCCUGGCCUCACCACGGCGUGGUGGCUCGCUUCCAGGGCUCCAUGACGCUGCCGCACAACGCCAAUAGCAGCAGCGGCAAUAGCCACCACGCCAGGCCCGGGUCGCCAAACCGCCGAAAGAAGGGGGGCAUCACGGUGGAGCUGGUGGACGAGGCCAAGGAAUGGUUCAGCCAGGAGACGCUUCGCGAGGUGGUGCCGCCCGGGGCGGUGGUGGUGCACGGCGUGGCGGCGCUGCACGAGGGCGUGCUGCAGAAGUUUGUGCAGCCGCGGGGGCAGCACUACUUCUCGCUGAGGGCCACGUGGUCGCCCAACGCAUGUGUUGUGGAGCGGCGCACCGCCAAGUCCAAAAUCAACGACCCGCGAGUGCCGCUGUCGGAGCGGCUUGCAGGCUUCGACAGCCCCGUGUGGCUGUCGGAUCACACCGUCAUCACAGGCAGUGUGCUGCAGGGCACCGUGAGCCGCAUGUGCGACAACAUUGCGGCACACCUGGCGGACGUGAGCAAGGGCGAGGUGCGGGUGCUGCGCAUGGUGCUGUUCUUCGCGGUGGACGAGGCCAACCGCAUCUGGCUCACUCACGCCAGCACGCUGCGCACUCAGCGCCCCAGGGAGGAGGCGGUGCUAGCAGGACUUGCGCGAGGCAACUCGCAGCGGCAGCACGGCUCGGGGGGCGGCGCGGGGCUCUACCACGCCGUCCAGCCGCAGCACGCACUGCACCUGAGGGCGCUGGACGGUGGGAUGCCGGGCGCAGAGCCGGGCGAGGGCCUGGACCUGCCAGCGCCCUCACCCGCCUUCGCCUCCGCCCGCGCGGCUGCGGGCGAGGACGAGGACGAUGCCAGCAGCAGCGGACGGUUCCUGUGUGUGCUGACCGGUGAGAUGUAUUCCGGAUCGGUGCGCUGCGACGUGACGUACAAGCAGCUGCUGCAGCACUGGUUCAGCCUGGCGUCACAGCUGCCCAACGAAGGCGACCGGCUCCGAGCCAUGGACACCAUCCCGCUGGCCAUUCGCCGCGCCAACCCCUCUCUCACGCGCGAGUGGUACCUGCGCGUGCGCUCUCAGCCCAACUUCCUGUACCGCACUGCCCCGGUGUGUGCGGAGGCGGCAGGCCAGCUGACGGGCAUGGCGCUGGAGGAGCUGCAGCGCACCAUGGCGGGCAGGCCGGGCACCACGGCAGCAGCGGUGGCAGCCAUGUCGGGGGUGGGCCUGACGCAAGCAGUGUCGGUUAGCGGCGCGCAACCGCUCGGGCGCCUGGUGGCGGCACGCACGGGGCAGGGCUCCGUGUCGCAGGCGGGAGGAUUUGGGGCGGGGCUAGCGGGGACCGGCCGCCCUCGGCCGGCCACGGCCCUGGCAGCGAUGCUGCCGCCACCGCCACCCGCUCAGUCACAACAGGCGCGGCCGACGUCGCGGCAGCAUCAGUCCUCUUCGGGCGUCGGCAAGGGCCCGGUAAUGCGCAGCAAGUCUGCAUCAGCGGCGCUGGCGGCGCGGCUGCACGCGGGCAAUGGCGGCGGCUUCGUGGACCCGCUGGGUCUGAGCCAGGCCUCCCGGCCGCGGGCCCACACGGCGGCACCCUCGCGCUAUGGUUCCAAUCAUGGUGGUGCCGCGGCCCGCGGUGCUGCGCACGGUCAUGGGCUACCCAGUAUGCUAGUGCCGCGGGACAAGGGCACGGGGGCGGGCCGGCCCGGGUCGGCGUUGCUGCAAGUGUAUGGUCCCACUGCGGAGCAGGCGGCGGAGGCGGCGGCUGCAGCGGCUGCGCUGCCGUACGAGGUGCUGGAUCAGCAGGCAGCGGCGCGGCAGCAAGGCUUGGGGGCGGCGGUUGGGCUGCCGUCCGCUUUCGGCUCCCCGGCCAUUGGUGGCGGCUUGUCGCCCGGCAUGAACGGUGCAGGGUUAGCCGCUGCUCAGGCUGGAGCUGGCAGCGUAGGGGCGGUCCAAGGUGCGGUUGCAGCCGGCGGUGACAGCUCCUCUCCUCAGGUCUGGUCGAGUGGUGCCGGCACCAGCCCCUUCCGUACCGCGCCAGUGCCUGCCUCUGGCAACAGCCGGCGCUCGGCCAUCAUGCGCAUGUCCACAUGCAGCGACGCCACCGAGGUCGGCUCCAACCCCUCCCUAUCAGAGCCCACAUCGCCCAACGGUACACCGCUGCAGGCCAGCGGCGGGAGCGGGCAAGCCUAUCACCCACACCACCUCCAUCAUGCCCACGCUGGCGGCAGCGGGGGCUCUCCGGGCGGGGGUGCUUCCUCCGUGCCCGCCACACGCAUGUCUCCGCCUCGGUCGGGGGGCUUGCUGACUCUGCAGACUAUCCACGAGGAGGGCGCCACGGCGCCACCGCCCACCCGCGCCGGGGACCCACGUGCAGGGCUGGGCGAUACGGACGUAUACCCGCCGCCCACCCGAGGAUCGGGGUCAUAUUCGGUGCCGCGUAUGCGCCCGCCCGGCCGCGGCGGCUCGGACCGGCCGCCGGCCCCUGGCGCCAGCGGCCCCAGCCGCCGCCAGAUGCCGUACCCCUACUCGGGCUCCACGGCUGUGGCCCACCGCAGCCUGAGCGAGAGCGGCGAGCUGCCGGCAUUCGGCGGCGGCGGCGGCGGCAGCCUCAACAGCACGAUGGCCUCCUCCGUGAGCGUAGCCAGCCGCCGCAGCACCAGCACACAGGCGCUGCUGUCCAAUGAUGACAUGCGCACAUUGCGGGAAUUGAACGAAGCCUACAGCGCCGCCGAACGCCUUACGCAGCAGCUCCUGGCGCAGGCGCACGAGAUCUUGUCGGACGAGGGCAGCCGGCCCCCUAGCACCGGCACCAGCCCGCACCGCCCGCCUCACGGGGCGGGGCACGCACAGCGGCGGCAUUCCAACACGAUGCUCAGCCCGCCCACGUCCCUUCCCAACAGCCGGCCGGGGUCACGGCAUGGGCCCAACGGCGAUGGACAGGGUAGUGCGUCCACUUACACGGCCCUCGUGCCGCCGCCAUCCAGCAGCAGUCAGGUGGCGCGUCCUGGGAGCAGUUCUGGCCCACAGCCCCCGUCUCGCCAGCACAGUGCGGGGAACGCAAGUAACAGCAGUGGUGCUGGUGUCGGCGGCGGCAGCAAUGGCGUGCGGGAGACCGUGGGUGCGGGCAGCAUCAGCGGGGGCAGGCCGCCGGGCCUACCGCCGGCAGGUCAGCGGCCGGGCAGCACAAACCUGGGCCGCUCGCCCCUGAGCCUGGUCAGCCGCACCAGCAGUGGGCGGCGGCUGGGCAGUGUGGGCAGCAACGACGGCAGCACUCUCGGGUUGGACUCCGGCUCUCACGCGGUGGCACAGGAGCCAGGGCUGGUGCGGACGCCCAGCACGUCAGCCCAUGUCAUGGCUGAGGCAGUGUCCCUGGCAGGUGGUCUGGCGCAUGACGGCGGGAUGGAGGAGGUUGAGGUCGCUGACAGCGGCCCCGUGGUGGCGCGAGCGGCGGACUUGUUCACGUCGGCAGAGGCGGAGCUACUCACAGAGGCCCUGCAGGACUAGGGGCGGACAAACGAUGGCCUCCCGUGCCCCGGACUGUGUUGGCAACGAGUGUGCGGCUGGCCACGAAAGCGCGCCCAGAGGAGAAUGCACCACUCAGGGCAUCGCUGCCCGCGAGGGCAAGGGCCGGAACAGCACGGCAAUGCUUGACUUCCGUGACCGCGCCGACCAGCCGACACACUGGCACACAGCAUGCAAAAUGCAGCCAAUCAGGCAAAGUCCAAGGCGCGUCUAUGCCAGGCCAGGCCAGGCCAGGCGGAGGCGGAGGCGGAGCCGUGCUCAGGAGAAGAAUGUGGACGAUGAGGAGGGCACCUGGAGUCCUGUGCUUUGUAUAAAAUGGAAGAAGAGACUGUGCCUCGUGCCUUGUGCCGUCGGGUGGUGUAUGGCAGCUUGCGGGCGGGAACAAGACCAACGCCAGCAGGGACUCAGUGAACCACGGACUCAGCAAACGGCGUUGGCGUAUACGUUAUGCUGGAGAAACACCUACCGCUAC